AUGUGGAUCGUGCAAUUUACAAUGCGUCUCCUGUGGAGGCGCUAAAGAAGAUCGCGUCUGCAUACAAUACCAAUCCGAAGGAAACAAGUUCACAUCCUAGGUCAGUAUAUCCAUGCGAUUGCCAUCACCUGUUGGUCAUCAAGAUGUUACGGCUGCCGUUAACCCUCAUGAAGAUCCUCUUGGUUGCAAAAUAUCCACAUCGGAAAACUAUGUUGCAAAGAAGCGAAAUCAAAAUGUGGAUCCUUACAGUGGUGAAAUUUCACUUCUGGAUUUGGUCAGAUAUGAGGGAUCGAAAAGUAAAUCUACCGCCCAACCUGCCCGUGAAUCACAUGUUUCAUUUUCUGUUAAAGGCCUUGGCCAUGUCCAGAUGGAAACUCCUCCCCAGUCACCAAGAUCCACAAAAAGGAUUUUACCUUUGCCGCCAAAGGCCAUGCGGUACACGCAAAAUAAAGCAAGACGGUCUAUGCCUUUUGAUGCCGCAAAGGGAUUGGAUUCUUUAAUGAAUGGUAUCAGCAUGAUGAAAGAGCGAAAUGCUUCACAUGAAAUGGGUAGUAUUGUAGAUGAGUCAAGCUAUGAAAGGAGGAAACACUGUUAUUUUCCACCUUCAUUUGAGAACUACAGUGAUAACCUUUAUCCUGAGGAUGAGGACAUGUUUUGUAAACCUCAAGCUCAAGAAGGUUGGCAAUCAAAGCGUGGUAGAAUAGAUGAUAAUCUACCUGACGUAAAUUCUGAGAGACCGUGGAAGAUAGGAUCGUUCAAUUCAGAUGAUCAUUUUCAUACUCCAAGAGUUGAUGAAUUUGAUACAUUUGAUUAUGAUUUUAAAGAACAGAGAACCUCAACAAGACCAAGCACAAGAUUUCAGACUUCAGGAAAUCCAUCAGGGCGUGACAUCUUUUCUGAUCAAUCAUUAUUGGAUGAUGACGAUGAUAUGUUACGCUUUGACUGGGAAAGGCAACCACCAUUUAAGAAAAUACCCAACUCAAACAGCAAUUUUGGUCCUUAUGCUUGGCCUUCUGAAAUGGCUGAUGAUUCAGAGAGAAGGAAGAGUCCAUUGAGUGAAGAAUCAUGCUCAUCUGCUGCAGCAAUGAAAGACAGAACGAGCAAACCAACACUGUCUGCAAAACGCGAAGAGAAUAACAUGAAUGAGAAGGAUGACUUCCAUACACACUUGGAUAAGUUCGAUAUUCCCAAAAUGGAUGAUUUUGAUGGAAUUUCAGUAUUCAAGGAUCAAGAAGAAUACCAUAAAAGAUCAAUAGAGCAGAAGAAUCUUGAAGCAGAUUAUUGGCCAGACAAUGCAAUGGAGCAACAGAGAACUCGAGAACCAAGCUGCCGUUUAUCACUUGAGGAGAAAUUUGCUGGGUGGGGUUCUUCUACCUCCCAUCAGAAGGGCAGCAGUGGACCAAAUAAUCCAUCGAGUUGCGCUGUAAUGCGUGAGGAUAAACCUUUCAAUUCCAUUCCAGAUAUGGGUGGAUAUCAAACUGUGGGGUCAACUGAAAGGAGACCUGCUUCAAAAGUCCAUCCUGUUUUUCACAGACCUGACGGUGCUGUUUUGUAUGAUGACAUUCACCUGCAGGAUCCUGUUUCAGAUAUAUUUGGCGACAAAGUUGAGUUUUCAGACCCAUUCGGUGCCAAGGGCCUUCAGGGCGACAUUGAUAUGUGUACUUUCUUGGGACAGAAGGUAGACAUAAAGAAAGAAGACAAAUUUGACUCUUUCAAGAACCGAAAUGCAGACAUAUUUCAUCAUGCGGGUUCUGUAAGCCAAACUGUGUGUGGCCAACGCACCGCAUGUUCUCAGCAGUCUGGCAAGGAUUCACGAAGACAAGGGUUUGACCCUGGUAUUGAUUUUCAGGAGUCCAGACAAAAUUCAUUCUGGGAGGAUGGCCAUGUUAGUGAUGUUACUUUUCAAGGAGAUGUUGACCUGAGUACUCUGUGGGCAAGAAAAAGUGGCGAGAAGAAUAGAGACGAAAUUGAGAAGUUCGAGAAGCGAGAAACAAAGAUGUCGAGACAAACAUCUCAACGUUCUGCAGAUGGCAGAGCUGAGAUGAGUGAAGCUGGAACAUGUUCUGAUGGCUCAGAAGUGACCAAUUAUCCUGGAGUGCAGAAGGAAACAUCAUCAGAGUCAGCACAACUUCCUGCAAACUUGAGUCUUCAGGAAACCUCGAGAGGAAUGUUUCAAAUGCAUGCUCAGGUUGAUUGCAUAAGAAAGGAAACAAUGUGUACUAGAGAAAUUCCUGGUGAUGACUUUAAAGCUCCAUUGCAUUUGAAAAACAAGAUUGAUGAUGUUGGAGAUCAUACCAAAAGCACUUCAAUAUUCCAGUCUCCUUUCAUGGCAGAGAAGGUGGGGAUUGAAAAGAAGGUAAUAAAAGGCGUGUCACCACACAACAGUGAUAUUCAUUAUGAGGUUAUGCUUGAACGUCGUGUUCUCCAACGGCUUUGUGUUCAGAAGAUAUUGGUAGAUACACCAACAAGGGACAAGCUAGCUAAGGCUACGGGCUUCAGGACGAUGGAGAAUGGAUCUGUCCUCCCCAGUAGUGUAUGAACAGCUAAAGAAGCAGUAGCAGUGUCUUGAAGAAGCAGUAACAGUGUCUUGUAAGAUCUCGGUUCAAGUGCUAUUGGUGUGACUCGCAAAAUCAGAACCUGGCGAUGCCGUGAAGUGUGUUCAGCAUCCAUCCAUGUUGGCUUCAUACUGACUAUUAAGGGAUGAAAUCUGGAGGGUUUUACCUGUAACUAUUUGACACCCCUUACAAAAAGAUGUCCAAAUUAGUCGCAUACAUGUAUCUGCUUUUCUGGGUGAACCUGACUUGACUAUUGUUAAUAUGUUGUCAUCAUUAUUAUAAGAUAAAAGGAUCACUUGCUCUGUUC